AGGGUGUUUCGGGGGUAACUGAUUGCCUCCCUGCUUCCCUCCUUCCCUCCCUGACUGACUGUUUUAACCGUUUUUUGUUGUUGUUGUUCCUCCGGACAGUCGUGUUUGAACGGUGACCAGGAACAUAAACACACCGUUAGGAAGAAAAACGGAAAUAAGACCGAGGUUUGGAGAAGAAGAAAGCAGCUGAAGGGGAGCUUUUGUGUUCGGGGGUCUGUGGAGGGGCUCCGAGCCUGGAGGAGGAGGAGGAGGAGAAGGGGGGGAGAAGAGCUGCUAGGACGCCGAAGGAAGGAGCCUGAGAGUCGGACACGCUUCCAGGCUUCGCCACCGAGAACCUGAGUGAAUGGGAUGGAGCCGGGACCAUCUGGAGCUGUGCCCAUGGGGCUGUACCCCCCGCCCCUGCAGAAUGUCUUCCAGGCUCCCCGGAGGCCAGGCAUGGGCACCGUUGGGAAGCCCAUCAAGCUGCUGGCCAACUACUUUGAGGUGGAGAUCCCCAAGAUGGACGUCUACCACUACGAGGUGGACAUCAAACCCGACAAGUGUCCUCGCCGAGUCAACAGGGAAGUGGUGGAGUACAUGGUACAGCAUUUCAAACCACAGCUCUUCGGCGACCGCAAGCCGGUAUACGACGGCAAGAAGAACAUCUACACGGUCCUGGCUCUUCCUAUAGGGAGCGAGAAGGUGGACUUCGAGGUGACCAUUCCAGGUGAAGGGAAAGACCGGAUCUUUAAGGUGUCGAUCCGCUGGCUGGCGAAGGUGUCAUGGAGGUUGCUACAGGAGACGCUGGUGAGCGGACGGCUCCAGGUCCCGUUGGAUUCGGUCCAGGCUCUGGAUGUGGCCAUGAGACACCUGGCGUCCAUGAGGUACACUCCGGUGGGCCGCUCCUUCUUCUCCCCCCCUGAAGGGUACUACCAUCCCCUGGGAGGAGGAAGAGAAGUCUGGUUCGGCUUCCAUCAGUCUGUAAGACCGGCCAUGUGGAAGAUGAUGCUUAACAUUGACGUGUCAGCCACGGCUUUCUACAAAGCCCAACCUGUCAUCGAGUUCAUGUGUGAGGUUCUGGACAUCCGCAACAUCGACGAGCAGCCCAAGACCUUAACCGAUUCCCAGAGGGUUCGAUUCACCAAGGAAAUCAAGGGCCUGAAGGUGGAGGUGACGCACUGCGGCCAGAUGAAAAGGAAGUAUCGAGUGUGUAACGUCACUCGCCGUCCCGCCAGUCACCAGACGUUCCCUCUGCAGCUGGAGAGCGGGCAGACGGUGGAGUGCACAGUCGCGCAGUAUUUUAAACAGAAGUACAACCUGCAGCUAAAGUACCCUCACCUGCCUUGUCUGCAGGUCGGCCAGGAGCAGAAACACACCUACCUGCCCCUGGAGGUGUGUAACAUCGUAGCAGGGCAGAGAUGCAUCAAGAAACUGACCGAUAAUCAGACGUCCACUAUGAUCAAAGCUACAGCGCGCUCAGCACCAGACCGGCAGGAGGAGAUCAGCAGACUGAUGAAGAACGCUAAUUUUAAUCUGGAUCCCUACAUUCAAGAGUUUGGGAUCAAGGUACGGGACGACAUGGCGGAGGUGACGGGUCGAGUCCUCCCAGCUCCCAUCCUGCAGUACGGAGGCAGGAACCGAGCUAUCGCGACACCCAACCAAGGAGUGUGGGACAUGAGGGGGAAACAGUUCUACAACGGCAUCGAGAUCAAAGUGUGGGCCAUCGCCUGCUUCGCUCCGCAGAAACAGUGUCGUGAAGAGGUGCUCAAGAACUUCACAGAUCAGCUGCGUAAAAUCUCGAAGGAUGCCGGGAUGCCCAUCCAGGGCCAGCCGUGUUUCUGUAAAUACGCCCAGGGAGCCGACAGCGUGGAGCCCAUGUUCAGGCACCUUAAAAACACCUACUCCGGCUUGCAGCUCAUCAUCGUCAUCCUGCCCGGGAAGACACCUGUCUAUGCGGAGGUGAAGCGUGUAGGAGACACUCUCCUAGGAAUGGCCACUCAGUGCGUACAGGUGAAGAACGUGGUGAAGACGUCACCGCAGACGCUCUCCAACCUCUGCUUGAAGAUCAACGUCAAACUCGGUGGGAUAAACAACAUCCUGGUACCACAUCAAAGGUCCGCAGUGUUCCAGCAGCCCGUCAUCUUCCUGGGUGCAGACGUCACACACCCACCAGCUGGAGACGGGAAAAAGCCCUCUAUCACUGCAGUAGUGGGCAGUAUGGACGCCCACCCCAGUCGGUACUGUGCCACGGUGCGGGUGCAGAGGCCGCGUCAGGAGAUCAUCGAAGAUCUCUCCUACAUGGUGCGCGAGCUCCUCAUCCAGUUCUACAAAUCCACCCGCUUCAAACCCACCCGCAUCAUCUUCUACAGGGACGGCGUUCCAGAAGGGCAGCUACCUCAGAUCCUGCACUAUGAGCUGCUGGCAAUCCGGGACGCAUGCAUCAAGCUGGAGAAGGAUUACCAGCCCGGCAUCACCUACAUCGUGGUGCAGAAGCGGCACCACACCCGGCUGUUCUGCGCCGACAAGUCCGAGAGGAUUGGGAAAAGCGGCAACAUUCCAGCAGGAACCACAGUCGACACCAGCAUCACACACCCCUUUGAGUUUGAUUUCUACCUGUGCAGUCAUGCAGGAAUUCAGGGCACCAGCCGCCCGUCACAUUACUACGUGCUGUGGGACGACAAUCGCUUCACCGCCGAUGAGCUCCAGAUUCUUACCUACCAGUUGUGCCAUACGUACGUGCGCUGCACACGCUCCGUCUCCAUCCCCGCACCUGCCUACUACGCCCGGCUCGUGGCCUUCCGUGCCCGUUAUCACCUGGUGGACAAAGAGCACGACAGUGGCGAGGGAAGUCACGUCUCCGGUCAGAGUAACGGCCGGGACCCCCAGGCUCUGGCCAAAGCAGUGCAGAUUCACCACGACACCCUGAGGACCAUGUACUUUGCCUGAGAGCCUCCCCUUGUGCUGACCCUGAGGGGGCCUUAAGAGCCUCGUCACACUACAAAUCCCACACACCUCAACAACACUAACACAGCGUCGUGCCCUAAUCCGGCAGGCCUGAGCCUCGUUUACUUUGUUGUUGUUGGUUUUCUUUCUUUUUCUUCUUCUUUUUUUUUUUUUUUUUUUAAGUGUAUUGUUGUUUACUACCUUCACACCGUGUAUGUAUGUUCGUAUGCAAUACGGAGGAGAAGCAAAGGCACAACGCACCCGAAGAUCUGACUGCCAAUACGGCGCCUCAUCUCGCAUCAGUGUUCAACGGAGGAAAAACAAGCGUCAACACCUUUGUGUUGUUUUAAUUCUUGCUCUAUGGACACUUUUUUUUUAAUCAUGUUUUUAUUUUUGAACAGCCUUGAAUGAAAGAUUUUAGCACUUAGAAUUAGCUUUUAGACACCGUGGGCUAGGCGGGUACGUCUUUGUCUCUGUUCUUCCGGACCGUAGCUCGCCUGUGGAUGCUGGAGACGCAAAGUUGUGCUCAGCGCUCUCGAGUGUAGCUGAUCUUAUUUAGACGUGCCUCCGUAGUCAGGGGCAGCACUAGCAUAACGAUAGAUAGUGUUUUUUUAUGGAAGUCCAAAGGGGUCAUACUUUUUAUUAUUAUUUUUUAUUUGUUCCUUGCUUUUUCUUGAUCACACAGGCAGCUUUAGCUCCACUGCACGCCACAUAAAUAAGGUUAGGUAUAAGGCUAAAGUGGUAGCUAUCGAUUUCAAGGAGUAGUUCAACCCAAAAUCAAAUGUAGACCAUUUCCUCUCUGGGCCCAAAUGUAGUUGUAGCCAAAAUACAUGCGAUUUCUGAAGUUUGCCCUCGUUAGAUUUGCACUGAUGCUCUGAGGCUAAUGUAGCUAAAAGAAAUAAAGAAAGCUUAUAGCCUCCAGUUUAGCAUCAUGCAAAACAAAACAAAACAAAAAAAAAACAGGAUCGGCAUGCAAUUUGGUGUCGGUCUGUGUAAGAUCCAGACUUUGGGAGGAGACGUGGCUAACAGUUUAAAGGUGGAGUUAUAUUUGGGGUAAAGGGGAAAUUAGGUACAUUUUAUUUUUGGAUAAGCCGGUUACAUGUUCACAUGUUCUCCCUGUGUCCUUAUGGAUUUCCAUCUUGUUCUCCGGUUUCCUAAAAUUUCAUCUGGUGAUGAACUGGUGUUUAAACUCAUGGCGUAUUCCUGCCUCACACCCAGUGUUUUCAAUAUAGACACUGAAUCCCCCGAACAGAGAUAAAGCAGUUACUCAUGAUGGAUGAAUGUUUCUUUAAAAAAAAAAAAUCUGGGUUGUAUUAUUUCUGGGUGUUAGCUAGUUCCUUAUUUUGAGCUUUUUAUAUAAGAAAAAGUGAAAAUCUUAGUAUUCCAAGUAAGGAAAAAAAAACCUUACAUGGCCUCUAUGGACUUCCAUACAUUUAAGAUAAGUUUCUUCUACGUGUGCAACACAGAAACCAGCAUUCUGAACCAGCCAAAUGUGAUGCCAACCAUUCAAAGAGGCACUUGUCUUUUGAAAUGUGCAUCUGUUUCAGACAGACUGUCUGUAUGUGAAGAAACUGACCGUGCAGCAUUCUGGCACGCUGUAGAUAAAUAACAGAGGCGCAAGAUCACACACACACACACACAAAUCUUUCCUUCCUAUUCCACAAGAGCCUUCCAGCAUCUCUAAACUGGUCUGUACACAAAGCAAUACAAGGUCUUUUCACAGUCUACGUGAGCGCUCUCUGCUCACACUGCACAUUCCACACACCAAGAAGGACGUGACACACUUCCCCUCCGCCUUCUCUCGUUCUCACUCUAACUCAAAGGACACAGGAACAUGUUUUUUUUUUUUUUUUUGUUGGUGUUGUAAGCACCCACCAUGUAGCUACCCACUACCUUCUCUUACGUAGAAACAUGAAAGCUCUGCCGUCGGGUCAGAUCAUGCACAACCCACCCGUCUUCUCCGUCAUCCCACACGCGUGCGCGCACACACACACACCACAGCCUUAUGAUUAAAAAGCCCAAGUCGCAUCCUCCCACGUAGCAGCCAUGGUACAUACACACACACACACAUAUCUGCCUGGAUUUCUGCCAGAUGUGUACCAUGUACACAGGAAUUGUUGAAACAGAAGUUUCAUGUUUUUUUUUGUUUUUGUUUUUUUUUAACCCAUCCAUGUCAUUGUGGGUUUAUGUAUUGCAUGUUUAAAUUGUGACUGGAUCCUCAGAAACCAUGUUCUCUUUCGUUUCUAUGCCGUGAAUUGUUCUUAUUAAUUGUAACUGCACUUGUUGCCUCUUGGUUCCUACCAAGGGGUUACUGUAAGGGGGAGGUGUCUUCACUUUCACUUAUUUUAGCCUCAAAAGCACCUCAAAACAAAAUGGAACGCCAUACACAUAGGGUCCAUCAAACUUCCAAAGGGAUCUUGGUAUAUAACCGUUGAAUGGGUUUACUUUUUUGGAAAUGAGUAUUAUGUUUCAGCCAACAUCAACUCAAACUGUAUUUAUAACUUGAUAUGGCCGUUGAUGGUUGGGCAAAUAGAAUUGUGAGAGCUCUGAUCUGAUCCAGCAGUUUUAUAUCAUGAUGCAGUACUUAAGUCACAAAUCAAAGGAGCCUCAAUUUGGGGGUAAACGCCCCUUAGACCCAAAGAGAAGGAACUGGAGAUCUAACUUGACUCAGCCUCACUAUAAAAGCAAUACAAAGCCACUGCAAAACAACAGCCCUUAUCUUAGCACUUCACAAUAGGCUGAUUUGGAAGUACAUGUGAACAAAGUUAUUUUGGCAUUGUAUGUAAUAGUGUUGGGGAGGGUUAUUUUUUAAAAGGAAAUAAAAGUUGUUUUUUAUU